UGAUACCUAAAACCCUAAUCGUCGCAUUCAGAGAUAAACAACAAUGGCGGGAGGAAAGAUGAGGAAGGAGAAGCCCAAGGCGUCGAAUCGAGCACCGUCGAGCCAGUACCAAGGUGGAAUCUCCUUCCAUAAAUCGAAAGGGCAGCAUAUUCUGAAGAACCCUCUGCUUGUGGAUUCAAUCGUUCAGAAAGCAGGGAUUAAGAGCACCGAUGUUAUUCUCGAGAUCGGUCCUGGUACUGGAAAUCUCACCAAGAAGCUUCUCGAAGCUGGUAAGGAAGUUAUCGCUGUCGAACUCGAUUCUCGUAUGGUUCUCGAGCUUCAGCGCCGUUUUCAAGGAACUCCCUUUUCCAACCGCCUCAGGGUAAUCCAAGGUGAUGUGCUAAAGACGGAGCUUCCACGGUUCGACAUAUGUGUGGCCAAUAUUCCGUAUCAGAUAUCAUCUCCUCUGACGUUCAAGCUUCUGUUCCACCCAACAAGCUUCAGGUGCGCUGUGAUAAUGUACCAAAGAGAGUUCGCCAUGAGACUCGUUGCCCAACCAGGAGACAACCUCUACUGCCGUCUUUCUGUCAACACUCAGCUCUAUGCGAGAGUCUCCCACCUUCUCAAAGUCGGCAAGAACAAUUUCCGCCCUCCUCCAAAGGUUGAUUCUUCUGUCGUUCGCAUCGAGCCUAGGAAGCCUCAGCCUCAGGUCAACAAGAAGGAGUGGGAUGGCUUCCUCAGAGUCUGCUUCAUCAGGAAGAACAAAACCCUCGGGUCCAUUUUCAGGCAAAAAUCUGUUCUUUCCAUGCUUGAGAAGAACUACAAGACUCUUCAGGCCGUUCUUGCUUCCUUGCAGAACAAUGGCCAAGCUGCUCCCAACACCGCCAUGGAUCUUGGUGACCAGAGCAUGGGAAUCGAAGAUGACGACAACGCAUUGGAUGAUGACGAUGAUGAUAUGGAGAUGGAUGAAGGAGACGGAGGAGAAGCAUCUGAGUUCAAGGAGAAAGUUAUGAAUGUCUUGAAGGAAGGUGCUUUCGAGGAGAAGAGAUCUUCAAAGCUAUCACAGCAAGAGUUUUUGUAUCUUCUUUCGUUAUUCAACAAGUCGGGUAUUCAUUUCUCAUAAUUAUAUUAUAUGGGUGGAAAAGUUUUGUUCUUUUUUUUUUAUAUUGAUUUUGAUUCUCUCAUCAUCGUAGGAGAAAGUGUACCCUGUUUUUUUUUUAUAUUAUUGAAGGUUAACAUUUGGAUGUGAAAAUCAGUUAUUCAGUUAUUGACGCUACUACUGUAUUUCU